AUGCCUGGGGCGUCGGCGGACAUUAGCCCCCGGGACCUUGGACAAGAAAAUGUGGACUCGUCCCCCCACCAGAGCCACCGGUCCCCCUUAAGAAGCGUUGACUGUACGGCGGCGCCAGAGGGCCAAACUAAGUUCGGUUUCGGGAAACGCGUUCGGGAGCAAUCUUGGAAAUCCCGGCCGGUUCAGAGACCGCAGAAAGCCGCGUUCGCCGAUUGUGUCCGGGACCAGGCCGUGGUCCACUCGCCGCAUCUCUCUGGUGGGCGGCAUGAGCACGGCUUGGGAGGCUUGAGAGCCUCUGGAAGAGAAAGGGUCCCAGAAACGAAACCUGCCCCCGGCCUAAGUCUCGGCGCCCAGAUCCCGGUGAACCCCGAACCCAGGCACCGCCCAACAAGUUUCCAAGGAGCGGGAGACGACCUGGGAGGCGGUCGGAGCCUAGCCGAGAAAGGAAGCGAGCAGGAUAGCAAAGCUUAGGGGAGCCAGCCUGGGAGUUUUAGGCAGCGUUUUCCUUUCCCUAUUUUUCUUACCCAAGCCCCAUCCUCCCCCCAACCCCGCACCCCACCCCCACCCCCAGUCAAAUGGGUUGGAGAAAAUGCACAAUUCGAAGUUGGUGAGAGCAAAAUGGCACAAGUAAAUCAACCCGUGGUGGUAGCUAAAAGGUUUUUGGCUGCAAAGAAACAAACUGUGAGUCUGAUCCACAAACUUAAAAAUCUGUACUGUCACCUCGAAAUGGGAAGGGGGUGUUGCAAAAACCAACUACCACUGUCAAACUUAGCCCGUUUUCCAAAUGAGGGAAAACGUAUUCCUUGUUAAUAUCUUAACAACGAUAAUAAUGCUGUUUCCUUCCUUACCUUGGUGUUGAACUGUGGAAUCCUCCUCCGGAUCAAUGUCCAGGAACUUAGAAGAAUUGGUGAUAUUAGGACUUCAGUACUUCUGGAAAAAAAUGCAAAUGGUUUAGCCAGGAUCUUUCCUGUCUGAUUCGUCACUAUUAUUAUAUCUGAUGAUGCGAAUGGUUGGAGCGAUUCAAUCCUAAGUCAUUAAUGAGCUAUUUUAUAAACACCACUGUCUUAAGAUCUUCAUUUACAUUUUGCUAAGGAUCACUUCGCUAACCUCACAGGCUUGUGUCAACAGCAUGAUUACAGGACUUCAGUUACACUCUUAUAAACAACACGGAGAGCCGUAUUGUUAAUCGGUUAAUAUUUUAUAAAGUGUAAAUAUUUUAUUAUGUUUUGAAGGGAACUAUUGAUUCUAAAUUAUUAAACCCCUGAGAAGGGUUAUUUAAAUAAAAUAUACAAUUAGAUACAAUUAAAUGUACAUUGUGGCUAGUUUGCUUUCAGAUUCUAUACUCUUUUAAAUUCAUCGAUUUUUCUCUUUAUUGGAGUUUCUUCUUGUCCAUUUUUGAUAGUGAAAAAAAACUAUCAUUUUAGGCAAAAACCCUAAAUUGUUUAAAAUUGCAUUAAACAUAGAGGAAAAUGUCAAAUGCAAUUAUUACCAAAAAUGUAUUUUGAUUGUUUGUAGAUUUAUAUUUAGUAACACAUUUUACAAAUUUCUUUCGAUUUAAAAACGGAGAAUUCUAGGAAGUUUUGGGAUGUAUGCCUGGUAUGGGUUUUUCCCCCUUGGGUUUUAUCCCUAAUAAAGGCUUUUUCUGUUUCAAAUUACAUACGCUUUUUACUGCACAAUUUUUAUACUGACCCUAUUUCAACUGAAGUAAGCGAUUAUUUCCAGCAUGUUUAAUUUAGACAAUAAGGUAUAUCUUAAACAAUUAUUUUACUUUUCGCUAGGAUUUUCUACUUUUUAAAACAGUAAAUAAAUAAAUUUGAUAGU